CAGUUAAUUUUAGUACUGACAAAUGACAGGUCUUUUUUGAUUCGGCGUUUGUUAGCUGAGGUGUGUUUUUACAAUUAAAUCUUGAAAAAUCAGUAACAUUUUAUUGUUAUAAUUACAGAUCGCAAUGGCUAAACCAAAAGGCGAGAGAAAAGGUAAAUCUGCUAUCAAUGAAGUUGUGACUCGUGAAUACACGGUAAAUCUACAUAAACGGCUUCAUGGAGUUGGUUUUAAAAAACGUGCUCCACGCGCGAUCAAAGAGAUCCGAAAGUUUGCCGAAAAACAAAUGGGUACCCCUGAUGUCCGUGUUGAUACCAGGCUAAACAAAUUCCUUUGGUCAAAGGGUGUCAGAAAUGUUCCUUUCCGAGUCCGUGUAAGGCUUUCACGCAGACGUAAUGAUGAUGAGGAUUCUGCACACAAGUUGUUCACACUUGUAACAUACGUGCCUGUAGCGUCAAUCAAGGGCUUACAAACUGAAAAUGUUGAUGCUAGCCAAGAAUAAAAUAUAAGUUAAGCUGU